GUUUAUCUGUUGUGUUGUGAAAAGUAAAUUUACCAAGUGUGUGGUAUACGGUAUCAUUUCAUCGUCAAAGAGGCAAGCGUUUGUUUAACUCAACAAACAUGGAUAAAAAGUCAUUCGACAUUGUCUUGGAUGAGAUAAGAAAGUGCGUCCUGACCGAUCAACGCGUCAAGGCCAUAGAGCAGGUGCAUGGAUAUUUCUCCAGUGAGCAGGUGAUGGAGAUACUGAAGUACUUCUCAUGGGCUGAACCUCAGAUCAAAGCAGUUAAAGCGCUGCAGCAUAAAAUGGUUGCAAUCCCUACAACCAAAGUAGCAAAUAUCCUGAAUUGCUUCACCUUUUCAAAGGACAGACUGGUUGUUCUGGAACUGAUAGCUUUGAAUAUCGCAGAUGCUCAAAAUUACCGUCCUGUGGAGGAUCUGUUUCGCAUACACUUGUCUGAGAAGAAGCGAGCUCGCAGGAUACUGGAGCAAGUAUGUAAGGUUGGCUGCAAGGCUCCUGUAGCCAUGAUCUCCUCCUGUGGGAUGAUACCAGGGAACCCAUACCCUAAAGGCCGACCUAGCUUGGUCACUGGAACUUUCCCUGGAAUCCCUCCGUUGAAAAAAGAAGGAGAGAAGAAAGAUGAUGCCUCUAACAGUAUGGAGGGGAAAGGAAUUGCUUCCCGGAUAAUUGGACCAUUCAAACCUUUUCCUUCAACCUACAACCCUCAUCGACCUGUGCCCUACCCUAUACCACCAUGCAGACCCCAUGCCACCAUCGCACCAAGUGCGUACAACAACGCAGGCCUUGUUUCUAUGGGAGGGGUUAUAACAACCAACGUGGCCCCUCCCCCCUACAACUCCACCCACAAAGUAGCAGGUUAUGCCAAACCAGGCAAUCCGCAGCACACCACACCUGGAGUCAACAGUGGGCCCCUCCUCAUUCCUCAUGGGUCCACGCCUUCUACCCCCGUCCCACCUCAGGCUUCUCCCGCUCACCAACCUCCCACGACUCCCAUUACACCAGUUUUCCCUGGCAUGGUUCCCUCUCACAACCCCAAUGCCUCCUCUCCCUCCCCUGCUCCAUCCCCAUCUGUCAUCAAAGCAGGACCACAGACCCCCGGUGGUCAUGCCACACCUACACCCUCAUCUGUCAUUAAAGCCCACACACCUUCUGGCACCCCUUGUGGAACUCCUGUCCCUGGCAGUGGGGGCUUCUCUUCUUCCCCCUUCCAUGUUGUUUCUCGACCAGGCACCCCUGCAAACUCCCGCGGCGGCCCAGACCCCCUGUCUCAGACGAACUCCAUGGUUUCAAUGCAGCAAAAGUUUUUUCCUCAGUCCACAGACCACCAUUCAGGACCCACCUUCUCUGGCAUACAGCCACACACAGGUAACCCCGCUGGGUCAGUGAUACGAAGUUACACCCCCUCUGGACCACAAUCUCUCACCCCCGGCUCGUCCACUCCAGUGAUUCCGAGCUGUUCCACCCCAGGCCCCAGCCCCAAACCCUCUCCAGCUCAUUCUGCACAUGCACAUGCUCAGGCUGCCAUUGCCAUGGCUGGAUCACUGAACAGACACACUGGGGGUAACAGCAGUGGCAGUAACAGCCCUGUGCACUCUGCUUUCAAGGGCACCUCUCGUUCUGGCACACCGUCUGUUAGCUCUUUGGUGGUCCAAGGUUCUGCGCAGGCCGCCCUGGCUCGUUCGUUGGGUCUGUCACACCCCUCAGGUUCCCCUCAAGUCUCUCUUGCAAGUCCUGUCGCCAUCACCGGCCUCCAAGCUCUGUCCUCCAGCCCUGCUCCCUCUCAUUAUCCCGGCCUGUCCCCUUUUGCCUCCCUGUCUUCCUCGCUCCCUCCUUCCAGCAUCGCUGCAUCCAUGCCUGGAAUGACCCCCAAUAGCAACAUUUCUAACCACCCACCAACCUCCAUCUUCCCAGGCUUGGCUACCAAUGCUGCCCCCAGUGCAGCCUCCCCUUUCGGUCUAGGCCUCACUUCUGCAACCUCUAUGUUCCCAGGCCUUCCGCCUGGCCCUAGCCCCGGUGCCUUCCCUGGACUGGGUGUGUCAGGGGGGCACGGGGCUGGGAGCCCUGUGUUGUCUUCAUUCAUGGGACUGCCAGGUGCCACUCCAUCUUCAGUAGCAUCAGUGGCACCGCUGCAGGCAGCGGCGGUGGCGGCGGCGGCAGCAGCAGCAGCAGCUGGGGUUCCGUCAUCAUCGCCAGUUUUACCAGGCUUCGCAUCCGCCUUCAGCUCCAAUUUCCAACCAGGGUUGGGCAGUGGACUACAGCCCCCGGGAAGCAGUGGAUUCCCCAGCUUGCUGUCCUUCCCUGGGGUCCCAGGUUUCUCUCCCUCUGGCUCCCCUGCUGCUCUCGGUGGCCUCCACAACCAAGCCAUGCAGUCGGCCUUGCUGCAGGCUCAUCCCACAUCUGCUCUAGAGAGCUUUCCUCCUCAGCACAACAGUUUCCCCAACUACCCUCCGGGCCCAGGAAACCCCUUCCCCCUCCAACCAGGCCUGCACCCCCAGCUGGGUUGGCAGUGAAACCCAUGGCUCACUUUGAAACAGUGGUCGACUUACGUGCCGACCUGCCCUGUUUUAUGUCUUGGCCCUGACCCCAGAGCAAAUAACAACAACUAAAGAGUGUUUCAACACAACAGUGUGUGUAACAGCCAGAAUGAAUUACUACGUCGAGGAACAUUACCGUGAAAAAACAGUUGAAAUGCCGUGCAGGGGAGAAUAUUUGUUAUAUUAUUCAUAGUGAACAGUUGUAAAUAUCUGUUGCCAAAGUUGUUUUAGGUUUGACAAGUAGACUGUGACUGGUUUUGUUAGCUAGAAUGUUUUUAAUGAAGAUGAUCAGCUUUUUAUUAGUGAAUAAUGAAAUACAGAAGAAUUGAAAAAAUGUACAUGAUAUGUAACGACUUCCCAGUAUCCUCAUGUAGUUAAUGUUCAGCCUCAGGAGAAAGAACACAUGAUACUGAUUGAGAAUUAUGAAUUGAAUAUUGUAUUAUGACAUGAACUUUUUUGCUGACUUGCGGUAUAUUGAGUCACAUUUUAAAGUGGGAACACCAUGAAUAUUUAAAAAAUCCUUGUUGUGGGUCAAGGAGUGUUGUAUACAUGACCUGCAUUUGGCAGCUCCACUCAUGUCUGUGAUAUUUUUCAGUGAACACUCACUCGUGGCUGUCAGCAGUUUACUGUGAUUCACAUUUUGUAUGUUUACAAUGUUCUGUUGACAGAUGUGACAGUGCUAGUGCUGCUUAUCACAAUAUAUGACCAGACACACUGUACUGUAUGCAGAUAUUGCCGGAAACAACUCCUGUUGAUUGAUAUGUGGAAUUGAGAUGUAUAAUUACUGUAUUCUACAGUAAUGCUUUGCAAAAAUAGUGAAAACUGUAAUUUUUUACAUUUACUGUACUACGUCAAUUAGAUCUAUAACCUACGGGGGUUCACUCAGAUGUGGCUACUUUAUUGUUUGAGAUUAAGAGACAUGUUUGUUACAUUGUGGGGGUUUUUUUUUUUGGUUAUUUUUUUGUGUUCGCUCACGAUUUGUUAUUUUGUCAGUAAACUGCUGGUUGCUGUAGCUUUUUGCCUCAUUAGUAAUAUUAUGGAAAAUGUAACUUCGUCAAAGACAGUGAGUCAUGUAGAUCACAGCGCUGAGGUUAUUUGCUUUCACCUAUUUUUGUGAAUUUACGCAAAAUGUGGCAAAAUCAAAAAAGGUCGAACAUUCGAUGACUUGCAAACGCUUUGGUUUUCAAGUGCAUUUCAAUGUGGUGAAGGGACAUUCUCAUAGACAAUGUAAUGGACAUUCAUAUACUUUAAAUCAGCAAAGAAAUGGGUAAAAGUCCAGGUUGGUCAUCAGAAAAAUCUCAUGAAUGAUUGGAAUCAAACGGGUUAGAUGAAGUACAUUGAAAAUAAUGGGACAAGUGCAACAAAACCAAACUGCUAGAUUAAACUUUGCCAAAGAAUAUGAAAACA